UUUGUGUGCGUUUCCAAUGGCGUUUCCUGAAAAGAUACAAUAAUAUAAAUUAUUCGUAGUAGAUUAUUAAUAUUGAUUAUGGAUUUAAGAGCAGAAAAAUUAGCCAACGCUCGGAAGAAGCUACGAGAUCACCAGGAGAAAAAAACAACCUUUCCUACUAAAGAUGUGGGGCUUAAUGACAUUAAAGAUGAUAUUUCGCAAGCUAACAAUAAUGAUACCUCAAAUAUUAUGAAAAACGUUAUUAAUUUAAAUGAAUAUGAAAUCACAACAUCACAGCAACCAUUAGAGACUACUGAAAAUGAAAUUUACAUUACCAAAAAAGAUUCAAGUGUCAAUGAUUUUUUAUUACAUGAAAAAUGUUCUCUUGAGAUGCAAGUAAAAGACUUAAAUGCAAAAAUAAAUCAAUUAGAGCUGCUUCAUGAAUCAAAAAUGAAAGAAAAUGAGUCUUUAAAAGACAAAAUCAACAGUCUUCGAUAUGAAUUAGAUGCUGAAAUAAAAAAACAGACAAUUUUCACAGAGGAAAAUAAUAUGAAAGAUAAUUUAAUUGCAGAACUUGAAUCUAAAUAUAGAAAUGUCAAUGAGGAAAAAAAUAAUUUGAUGGAACAAUUAGAAGUUACUAAAGUAAUGUUAAAAACUAAAGAGACUGAAAGUGUAAAAUUACAAAAUGAAAUGCUUACAUUGUGUAACCAAUUAGAAGCUACUAAACUACAAAUUCAACAAAUAAGUAAUGAUUCACAAGUUAAGUUUAAUGAGGCUGAAAAAUUACAAGAUGAUGAGCUUUGGAUUCAAAAAGUCACUUCCUUACAGCAACAGAUAGAAGCUUUGCAAAAAGAAAAAGAUAACUUAAAUUCUUAUUAUGAACAAUAUAUUAAAGAACUCAUUGAGCAAUUAAAAAAUGAAAAUUUAAAUAAAGAAAAGUACUAUGAUGAUUUACUGCAGUUACAACAACGAGAAAGCAGUCUUGUGGAACAAAUAAGUGAUAUGGAAAUUCGUCUCCAAAGUUUUAGCAACUUAAAAGAAAAAAGCCUGGAGAGUCACAGUAUUAAUUUACUGGAUUUGCAAGAAAAAUUAAAAAAUGUACAGGGUGCACUAGAAGAUGUAAAUGUGAGAUACAAUGAGCUUCAGAAACAAUAUGAAGAUAGUCUUGCUACCAUUAAAAGCCUCAGUGAAAGAAAUGAGUAUAAUAAUUAUUGUGAUCAUGACAAUAUAAGCAUGUCAAAAUUGAAUGCUGAUAUCACAAGUGACAAGGUUGCAUUACAAAAAGCAAUUCAACAAAACAAAAAGUUGAAGCAAGAUGUUGAAGAUUUAGAAUUGGUUGUUGUGAAAAUGACUAAAGACAAGCUGCAAUUAACAGAAAUGUUAAAUCAUGAAAAAAUUUUAAAUAAGGAUUUAAUCUUGAAAUUAUCAGACAUAGAAGAGAGCACUAAGAAUAUGAAUAAUAAACUCAGAGCUAAAGAUGAUGAAAUGAUUCGACUACAAAGUGGAUAUAGAGAAAUAGAAAACAAACAUGGAAAGUUGUUACAAGACCUUAACAUUAUUAAAGAAAAAACAUCCAAUAUUUGUCAUGAAGACAAAAGUCAUAACACUCAUAAUAGUGACAAUGCUGAUGAUAACGACGAGCAGUUACCAUCCCGUUACAAUGAUGACAAUAAAACUGAAAUUGUCAAAAUAGACGAUCAUCAAAAUAUUCCCAAAAUGGAAGCUAUGCAUAAGUUACAAGAACGCUUCCUUAAAAUAAUGAAUGAAGUGGCUAUUUUGUCUGAUGAAAAACAUAGACUUGAGCACAUAAUUACUCAAUUACAAAAUGAAACGGACACAAUCUGUGAAUAUGUUGCGCUGUAUCAGCAACAACGCAGUUUGUUAAAGAAAAGAGAAGAAGAAAGAAAUCAUCAAAUUAAUUUAUUUCAAAAGGAAUGUGAGCAGCUAAGACAGCAUGUGGAAGAACUUCGUUAUAUAAUAUUGCAGAUAAUAGACGAUCCUAAACUAACGUCAUACUUUAAAAACGAGGGCUUCGAAAAUGAAAUUGUGAAAGCCAAGAAAUUACUCGAUGUAAUACAAAGCAGUUGUUUAGUUGAAGCGAGAUUUGAUCGAUUAGAUUUAAAUAUUUUUUACCCUUGCAAUUGCUGUUCUGGUAAGCUUAUUGAUGUGUAAACUUAAUACAGAUGGCAUCUUCUUCAAUAAAAUAUAUAAUUAUGAUUUUACAUUUAUAUAAGUAAAAGCGACAGUUUAAAAAAAGAGAUAGGAGAAGAACAGAGCAUACUGUAUGCAGAGCUUGCCUCCUUUUUUAGUAGCUCUGUCGUUUUAAAGGGUUUAAAGGGUAUUAAAAAAAGUUUUUAAAGGGUAUUCUCGAAAUAAGUAAAAGGCGA